AUGAUACUAUUCUCAAAAUUAAGAAAUGGUCGUUUUUUUUCGAAUUUUUCCAGAAUUUCUAGAGAAAUUGAUAUUGAUGAGAUAACUUAUCAUUUUGUACCUGAAUUAGACCAAGAACCACCUCGUUUAUAUAGAAUUCUAGCAGCAACAGUGCUUUUAAGAUCGCCUGUUAUUACUGAAGAGAAAACGCCUUUUGAAAAGGCUUAUUAUGCAUAUCAAAGACAAUUAAAUGAAAGAUUAGCUGCGCCCUUUCCAGUAGAUUUUUAUUUUAAAAAAGGAUCUUUAGCAGAAAAGAAAUGGUUUGAUAAUGAAGCAAACAAAGCUAAAGCAGAGUUUCUUUCUGAUAAUAUAUAUUCUGAGUUGCAAGACGAAAAAGCAGAUAUUGCUUUGCCUCGUGAAACAGAGGCAGACCGUAGAGGAGAUUUACGUAGCUUGGAAAGAAAAUUAGAUAAAACACUUUAUCUUCUUGUGAAGAAACCUAGAGAAGAACAUUGUUGGCAAUUUCCUCAGGGCGUAGUAACAGAUGAUGAUUUCUUACAUACUGCAGCUGAACGAUCGUUGUAUGAGGUUUGUGGGAAUAACAUGAAUGUUUGGUAUGUUGGCCAUGUGCCUAUUGGUAAUGGUAAAUAUAAAUAUCCAAAAGGUUAUAGUGAUAAAUUUUAUGGUGCUAAAAUAUUUUUUAUGAAAGCUCGAGUAAUGGCUGGACAAGUUAAACCAGAUGGUAAAACAGUUGUUGACUGGCUUUGGGUUACAAAAGAUGAAAUAAAACAAUAUGUUUCGAAACCCUACUGGAAUUCUAUCCAAGCUAUGCUUUAAUACGCUUAUUUAACUUUAUGAUUUCCUUUAUUUGUAAUAUUUUU